AUGUUUGGGCUGAAGCUGAAGAAGAAGCAGAAGAAGAAGGCCGAGAAGGGGCUGGUCCUGGCUAACAAGGCUGUGCAAGAUGGACAAGGGGAAGAAGAGCCACAGGAGGGAACCUCUCACCAGGAUGGGCCAGGAGGCGAUCUGGUUUGCGAUGAUGGGUCUGUCACUCCUGUCUCCUCAGCUCCCCCAAAGAGAAGAUCAAAGCUGUUGGCCAAAAUCCACGAUGGAGAGGUGAAGUCCCAGAAUUACCAAAUCGCCAUCACCAUCACUGAGGCCCGCCAGCUGGUGGGUGAGAACAUUGACCCGAUUGUCACCAUCGAAGUUGGGGAUGAGAAGAAGCAGAGCACGGUGAAGGAGGGAACCAACAGCCCAUUUUACAAUGAAUACUUUGUCUUUGACUUCGUCGGACCCCAAGUGCACCUCUUUGACAAGAUCAUCAAAAUCUCAGUCUCCCACCACAAGCUGAUAGGAAGCGUGCUGAUCGGCUCGUUCAAGGUGGACCUGGGCACCGUGUACAACCAACCCGGUCAUCAGUUCUGCGACAAGUGGGCUCUGCUCACAGACCCCGGCGACAUCAGGACCGGCACCAAGGGGUACCUGAAGUGUGACAUCAGCGUGACCGGGAAAGGCGACGUCCUGAAGCCCAGCCCCAAGACCUCCGACGCCGAGGAGCAGAUCGAAAGGAACCUGUUGAUCCCUGAAGGCUUUCCUUCCGAGAGACCCUGGGCCAGAUUCUACGUGAGGCUCUACGAGGCAGAGGGGCUGCCCAAGAUGAACUCCAGCAUCAUGGCGAAUGUCACUAAGGCGUUUGUGGGGGACAGCAAGGACCUCGUGGACCCCUUCGUGGAGGUCUCCUUCGCUGGGCAGACGGGACGCACCACGGUGCAGAAGAACUGUGCGGACCCUGUGUGGCAUGAGCAGGUGGUCUUCAAGGAGAUGUUCCCCCCCUUGUGUCGGAGGGUGAAGAUCCAGGUGUGGGACGAGGGCAGUGUGAACGACGUGGCGCUGGCCACCCACUUCAUCGACCUGAAGAAGAUCUCCAACGAGCAGGAAGGCGACAAAGGUUUCCUGCCCACCUUCGGACCCGCUUGGAUCAACCUGUACGGCUCGCCCAGGAACCACAGCUUGAUGGACGACUACCAGGAGCUGAAUGAGGGUUUCGGGGAAGGCGUGUCCUUCAGAGGCAGAAUCUUGGUGGAGAUCGCUGUGGAGAUCCUCUCGGGACGGGCACAGGAGUCCAAAUUUUCCAAGGCCCUGAAGGAGCUCAAGUUGUCUUCCAAGGACAAGGACUCCAAAUCUGCCAAAGGCUCGAGCAAAGACAAGGCAGACAGAACUGACGACGGGAAACCCCAGCAGGCUUCAGACAAGACCCACUCCACAGAGGUCGAGGUGGAGCUGUUCGACGUGCCCCCGGAGGUAGUGCCAGAAAAAUAUGAGGACUUUUUGCUCUUUGGAGCAUUUUUCGAAGCGACCAUGAUUGACCGGAAGAUUGGAGAGAAACCUAUCAGCUUUGAAGUUUCCGUCGGCAACUUUGGAAACCUGAUCGACGGAGGGUCCCACCGCGGGAGUAAACAGAGGGCAACCGAGCCAGCCAAAGAAGACCAACUGUCACUGCUGCAUGAGGGACACGGGGAGGCCCCCCACGAGGCUGCCUUCCCCAUGGCCUCCACCACCCACCCAGAGAAGCCACAGGUCACAGAAGGGAACAGGAAUUACAACUAUCUGCCAUUUGAGGCCAAGAAGCCCUGUGUCUGCUUCAUCAGCUCCUGGGGAGACCAGACCUUCAGGCUGCACUUGUCCAACAUGCUGGAGAAAAUGGCGGACCUCCUGGAAGAAAGUAUAGAAGAAGUGAGAGAAUUGGUCAAGAUUUCAGAGGAGGCCCCAGAAGAGAAAAUGAAGACGGUGCUCAGUGACUUCAUCGCUCAAAGCAGUGCCUUUAUCUCUGAAGCAGAAAAAAAGCCCAAGAUGCUGAACCAAACCACUUUAGAUAAGAAGCGACUUACUCUCUGUUGGCAGGAGCUGGAGGCAAUGCAGAAGGAGGCCGAGGGAAUCAUUCAGCAGCAGAAGAAAAAGUUGUCGCUUGAAGACAUGAUCCGGGAAGCCCAGAACUUUGUGGAAAAAAUCCGCUUUCUCGUUGAUGAGCCCCAGCACACCAUCCCCGACGUCUUCGUCUGGAUGCUCAGCGGCAACAAGAGGGUGGCCUACGCCCGCAUCCCCUCCAAGGACCUGCUGUACUCUCCUGCCACCGAGCAGAUGGGCAGACACUGCGGCAAGAUCAAAACCCACUUCCUCAAACUUCCUGGAAAGCGGCCGACUGGCUGGUCGGUGCAGGCAAAAGUCGACGUGUACCUGUGGCUGGGCUCCACCCGGCACGCCAGCACCAUGUUGGACAACUUGCCGGCGGGCUAUGAAGCUGAAAUGCCCUCCAAAGGGGCGGGCGCCCACCACCCCCCCACCAACCUGCUCUACCCAGCCCGGCACACCUUCCAGCUGAGAGCGCACAUGUACCAAGCCCGGGGCCUCAUCGCAGCUGACAGCACCGGACUCUCCGACCCCUUUGCCAAGGUCACUUUCCUGUCUCACUGCCAGACCACAAAGGUCAUCUCGCAGACGCUCUCUCCCACCUGGAACCAGAUGCUGCUGUUCAACGACCUGGGGGUGCACGGGGACGAGAAGGAGCUGCAGGAGUCCCCGCCCUUGGUGGUGGUGGAGCUGUACGACAGCGACGCGGUGGGGAAGCCGGAAUACCUGGGUUCCACGGUGGCCGCGCCUGUGGUGAAGCUGGCUGGCCAGGACUACGAGCCCCCCAGGCUGUGCUACCACCCCAUUUUCUGCGGGAACCUCUCUGGAGGGGACCUCCUUGCCGUGUUUGAGCUGCUACAGGUCCCUGCAUCUGGGCCGCAAGGGCUCCCUCCUGUCGACCCGCCAGAUGUCGCCCAGAUCUAUCCGGUGCCUGCCAACAUCCGGCCGGUGUUGAGCAAGUACCGAGUGGAGGUGCUCUUCUGGGGAGUCCGGGAGAUGAAGAAGGUGCAGCUCCUGUCGGUGGACCGGCCGCAGGUGCUGGUCGAGUGUGGGGGCCGCGGAGUGAAGUCCUGUGUGAUCCAGAGCUACAAGAACAACCCAAACUUCAGCGUGCAGGCUGAUGCCUUCGAAGUGGAGCUGCCGGAGAACGAGCUGUUGCACCCGCCCCUGAGCCUCUGCGUGGUGGACUGGCGCGCCUUUGGCAGGAGCACACUGGUGGGCACCUACACCGUCAACUGUCUCAAGCAAUUCCUGUGCAAACCCAGGGAGCCCCCGGCCCUCGGCCCACAGGAGGACAGGAGCCCACCCGGGCCAGAUGCACUCACAGCCACCGAGUCUUCUGAACCCCUCAACGCCUCCCAGGACCUCCCAACUGAUCACAUCUAUGUGGAUGUUGAGCCGCCAGCCACAGUGGUACCCGACUCUGCCCAGGCCCGGCCGGCUGUCCUGGUUGACAUCCCUGACUCCUCCCCAGUGCUAGAGCCUGAGCACAAACCUGCAGCCCAGGAGUCACCAAGAGACGGAAAAGUGAAGGAUGCCAGGAAGCCUUCCCGGAGGUCCACUAAAAGGAGAAAGCGGACCAUCGCAGAUGAGUCUGCUGAAAACGUCAUUGACUGGUGGUCCAAGUAUUAUGCGUCCCUGAAGAAAGCACAGAAGGCAAAGGAGAAAACCCUCAAGGAGAAAAAAGGCGGAGCAGAGGCAACACCAGGUGAGGUCGUGGUAGACAUGGAAGAUGGCCCAAAGAAGAAGAAAGACAAAAUGCUCAAGAAGAAAAUCAGAGAUGAUGGAAUCCCCAACCUGGCCAUCUUGCAGAUAUAUGACGGCGAGCUCGAGAGCGAAUUCAACAAUUUUGAAGACUGGGUGAAGACCUUUGAGCUCUUCAGAGGCAAAUCUACAGAAGACGACCAUGGUCUUGAUGGAGACCGAGUCGUGGGAAAAUUUAAGGGCUCCUUCUGCAUUUACAAAAGCCUCGAGGACUCUGGCUCCGAGGACAGCGGGCAGCUGAGGAUCCAGCAGGGGAUUCCACCCAACCACCCUGUCAACGUCCUGAUCAGGGUGUAUGUCGUGGCGGCAUUUAAUCUCAGCCCAGCUGAUCCCGAUGGCAAGUCAGACCCUUACAUUGUGGUCAAGCUUGGAAAAACAGAAAUCAAAGACCGGGACAAAUACAUCCCCAAACAGCUGAACCCGGUAUUCGGAAGGUUAUUCGAGAUCCAAGCCACAUUCCCAAAGGAGUCCCUGCUCUCCGUCCUGAUCUAUGACCAUGACAUGAUCGGGACAGACGACCUCAUUGGUGAGACCAAGAUCGACCUGGAGAACCGCUUCUAUAGCAAACACCGCGCCAUCUGCGGCUUGCAGAGCCAGUAUGAAAUAGAAGGUUACAAUGCCUGGAGAGACACAUCCAAGCCCACGGAAAUCCUCGCCAAGCUCUGCAAAGACAACAAACUGAACGGGCCCUACUUCCGCCCUGGGAAAAUACAGAUAGGAAACCAGGUCUUUUCUGGAAAAACCGCCUUCACUGAAGAGGACACUGAGGAGAUAGUGGAGUCCUAUGAACACUUGGCCCUCAGGGUCUUACGUUCCUGGGAGGACAUCCCGGAAGUCGGGUGUCGGCUGGUUCCCGAGCACAUAGAAACUCGGCCACUGUACCACAAGGACAAGCCGGGCAUGGAGCAGGGCCGCCUGCAGAUGUGGGUAGACAUGUUUCCCAAGGAGAUGCCUCAGCCUGGCCCGCCUGUGGACAUUUCUCCAAGGCGACCCAAAGGGUAUGAAUUGAGAGUGACUAUCUGGAACACCGAAGAUGUCGUUUUGGAGGACGAGAAUAUCUUCACGGGCCAAAAGUCAAGUGACAUUUAUGUUAAAGGGUGGCUCAAGGGCUUGGAGGACGACAAACAGGAGACGGACGUGCACUACAACUCCCUGACCGGGGAGGGAAACUUCAACUGGCGCUUCCUGUUUCCGUUCCAGUACCUCCCUGCCGAGAAGCAGAUGGUCAUCACCAAGCGGGAGAGCAUCCUCUCGCUGGAGAAGACAGAGCGGAAAACCCCCGCCGUGCUAGUGCUCCAGGUCUGGGAUUUUGAGAGGCUGUCCUCCGACGACUUCCUGGGCUCCCUGGAGAUGAACCUCAACAGCUUCCCACGAGCGGCCAAGUCCGCCAAGGCCUGCGACCUCGCCAAGUUUGAGCACGCCAGUGAGGCGAGCAAGAUCUCCAUAUUCCAGCAGAAGCGCGUGCGUGGCUGGUGGCCUUUCGCCAAAAGCAAAGAGCUCACGGGCAAGGUUGAAGCUGAGUUCCACCUCGUUACAGCAGAAGAAGCUGAGAAAAAUCCUGUCGGAAAAGCCCGGAAGGAGCCAGAGCCCUUGGCCAAGCCCAACCGCCCGGACACCUCCUUCUCCUGGUUCGUGAGCCCCUUUAAGUGCCUGUAUCACCUCAUCUGGAAGAACUACAAGAAGUACAUCAUCAUCGGCUUCAUCCUCAUCAUCCUCAUCAUCUUCCUGGUGCUUUUCAUCUAUACCCUGCCGGGGGCCAUCAGCCGGAGGAUUGUCGUGGGCUCGUAG